CUAGCUCCCGUUCGCCGGCUACCGCAGUUGAGACAGCCAUUUCUCCAUCCGGGUCUCUAGGGCUCACAGGUUCCCGGUGACACCACCUGGGAAGAGAGGUGACGUUCGUGACGUCACGGAACGCUGCCCCCCCCCAUUGUAAAGUCACAAGUUCUAGGCCCCACCCUUUAUCUGUCUGUCCCUGGCUGCACCCGGCGUUCCUACCAAGGGCCGGGGCGUGGCGAUGAAGGGCGGGCGAGAUCUUAAGCCGGCCCCCGGCGGCGGAGCAGGUGAGACCCGGUCGGAGGGGGAUGGAAGAUGAUGAAAGGAGUUCCUCCCGGAGGGGUUGGUCCUAGAGAGGGAGCCGGGGAAGGCAUGGGGCCCGCCAUGCGGAGGCCGCUGCCCCGCGUGCGCCCUCGGUCAGAGUACUCGUACCUGGCAUCCUGGGGUGGAUGCCAGCCCUUCGCCCCUGCAGACCGCCCCCUGGCUCCAGCCUACGCCCCGUGCCGCCCUGGGCGCCUCCAGCGCCACCUCCUGAGCGGCGAGUUCGACCAGCUGCGCGACUUCCCCAUCUUUGAAAGCAACUUCGUGCAGGUGACCCGGUUUGGAGAAGUCGCCAACAAGGUCACUAUGGGGGUGGCAGCCUCUAGCCCUGCCCUGGAGCUGCCAGACCUGCUGCUGCUGGCCGGCCCUGACAAGGAGAACGGACACCUGCAGCUGCUCGGGCUGUUUCCCUUGCAAUUUGUGCAGUUGUUUGUGCAUGACGUGAGCCGCCAGCAGCUCAAGGUGAAGUUCCGAACAGGCCGUGCCUUCUACCUGCAGCUGCGCGCUCCGCCGGAGACCCGCGACUGUGAGUUUGGCCGCUGGGUGCGGCUGCUCUACCGCCUGCGAUUCCACUCGCCCACCUGCGCAGUGCCCUUCACGCACGAGGACACUGUGCCUGAGGAGGAUGAGGAUGAGGAUGAGGUCGAGGAGGGGCAAUUGCAGCCCCCGGAGGUGAGGGCGGGACCUCGAGCCCAGGGAUGUUGGGCCAGGAAGGAUGGAAAGGGACCAGUUUCAAGCCACAGAGGCCAGGCUCGACCCACAGGUCUCAGAACUCUGGGGGCUCUGAUUCAGACAAGAUCCUUCCAGAUCACCAAAGGACCAGAAAUGAAGCCAGCUCAGCUCAGAGCCAGAGAGAUGGAUUUUUAAACUUAAUAAAGAUCAGGCUCUUAAGAACCAACACCCAAGCCCUGGUCCUUUAUGUCACAGUCACAGAGGCCACAGGCUGCCUCCAGGACUUCCUCUAGCCUUCUAUGCCUUGGCGCCUUGGUAUGCAAGGGUUUUCCAAUUGGCUUCCUUUCUUUCCCUCUGCUGGAGGUGAAAUCUCAAGCCUCCACGUUCUAAGGAAGCACCCCACACUAAGCCACACCAGAUCGAUCCCCUCACUCUGUGGUCUAGACAGGGGCUCCACCACUGAGUCCCCAAGACCUCUUUUCACUUUUUACUUUAAUGCAGUAGUAUCAUUGAAUUGCCCAAGAUGUCUCUGGCCUUUCUACCUCUGCCUCAGCUAAAAUGGCAGCUGUACCCAGACCUGUCUUGGUCAGUGUGGAUGUGCUGUCCUUUGUGGGUGGUGACAGGCCUGUCUCCUCUUCUGUGUAGGUAAUGUUCAAGAGAGUUUAGGUCAUGGGGCAUGAGCUUCACCUUUGACCCUUGAAAAUGCCACGGCAAGAAGUUCCCUCAGCAGACACCAUCUUCCAAGAUGGCAACCUCAAUGAGAUUUGAUCUUUAAGGCUACCUUGUCAUGGUAGCUGUCCCUUACCCCAAGAGUGACUAACCCCACCCACAAGGGGACAAGAACUACAGACUCUGGAAGGAUAGACACAUGAUAAUUUGAGCAACAGUACU